AUGUCCUCCAAGCACAACAUUUCCCACACCACCGAGAUUGCCGUUCCCAUUGACUUUGUCUGGAAGACACUGUUUGAUCUUCAAGACUGGAAACAGUGGAACAAAUGGACCCUCUUGGCAACCAAAGAUGCGUCUGCCACACCCGCGGAAGGCAUGCCUGGAAUUCUCAAGGCGUGCUAUGAAGGCAACGACAAGGAUUGGCAAACAUUUGACUUUGUGUUUGGCGAGAUCCUUCAUGGUGACGAUAAAAAACAGCAACAGCCCGUUCGACUGUUGACUUGGCGAGGAUCUGUUGCCAGCGGUUGUUUGUUCUCGGGUCAUCACACCAUGCGGUUGGAACGCAUCGACGAUACCACGACCAGACUUAUUCACGCCGAACACUUUGGAGGACUUCUUCCAACGCUUGGUCUUGGAUUGCCUUACAAGACAUUGAAUCGCAAUUAUCGCCUCAUGAAUGAGUCCUUUCAAGCGCACGUGGAGCAAAAGUUCAAAGAACAAGAGAUCUGA